UGACCGAGAAGUAAUUUGGAAACUGCUUCAACACUACGGCGUGCAAUGCCUAAGUCUUUAUCAACCUUAUUCAACAGUUGGUUGUAUGACAGUGCCACGUGUCAGGUGAUCCACAACGGAAAACUCAGUGAGGCGUUUGAAGUGAUUGCAGGAGUAAGACAAGACUGGCUGCCAAUUGUCACCGAUGAUAUUCUUAAUUGUGGUGGACUGGACUGUGUGUCAAACUGUGCAUGUGGAGUGAGGAGACUGGAAUGCAUUGGACUUACCGUUAAGGAGACUCUAGAAGAUAUGGAUUUCGCGCGUGGAAGAUUUAUUUCUAAUGUCACACAAACUGGAAGACUUAGAGGCAGGCGAAAAACAACAAAUUGGUAGAAGAGGCAGGUAGCGAAGACAGGACUUCAAAUGAGCAUGGAGAAGACGGAGGUGAUGAAGAUAGCCAACCAACAA